GCGUGCUGGUAAGCCGCGCCACUUGGCGUUCUCAUCCCAGCGGAGAAAGAAAGGAGGAGGGGGACUCUCUCCUCUUCUAGUUUUCCUCCUUCCUCCUCUCUCUCUAGAAUCGCUCGAGACAUAUCUCUCUAGGGUUUCUGGGAACUGGGGGAGCUCUCCUGGAGUCAUCUAGGGUUUUGGUCGCCCAUGGACUGCUGCACUCGCUUCAGGGCGGCCCCCCUCAUCGAUGCUUCGGCGUUGGUGGUGAGGGCGGUAGGUCGUCGUCGCCAUCGUCGUGAGAUGGCUUUUGGAAAGAUUGGAUCUUGCGCCACUCUUCGCCUUACCUUGGGUUCCCAGGGAUUAACCAAAUUCCAUCAGAGCCAUAGUUUUGCUAACCAAAGAACACCGACAAGUAUUACACUUGCGAGUGCAGAGUCCAAUGAGUGUGAGUCAGGAAGUGUGAGUAUGCCACUUGAGCCAGUUUCACCAGAAGGAAGGUUCUUGUGUGGCAUUUUAAAGAAUCAACCUCAUAUAUUCCCAGUUGCUGCAGCAAGACAGCUGGAAGAAUUGGCUAAUGAUAGGAAUGGCGCCUUUGUUCGCUGGGCACAUAGCAUGGGUUCUGAAGAAUCUUAUCUUCAUAGGAAAAUAGCAGAAAUGAAAGAUUGCGAGUGUCGAAUUGCUGUUGAGGAGGUCAUGUACAUGUUAAUUGUUGCCAAAUUUUACGAGAUCAAAGUCCCUAUGGUUCCCAACUUAUCCGAAUGCAUCAAAUAUGCCAGACUAGAUAUGUCAUCAUCAAAGGAUGCAGAGCUAGAGUCUAUCCACGACUCAGAGAUCUUAGAGAUGGUAAGAGAACAUCUGUCCAACAUUCUUAAAUGGAAAGGGAAAAUUAAUCUCAUGGAAAACUCGUCAAUGAUACAUAUCAAGAGGGUACAGCUUGGCCGGAUCUAUGCAGCUUCCAUUAUGUAUGGAUACUUUAUAAAAUCUGUUAGUCUGAGGCAUCAAUUGGAGCUUAGCCUUGCUCGGACUGAUGAAGAUUUCCCUUUGGGCCAAUUAAUGAAUUCUGAACUUUUCAAAAAGGAGCAGGAGGAGAAUUUGGUUGCUCUUGGCUGUUCUUUUGAUAUGGCAUCUUCCUUGCAUCCCAGUUAUGAUAGGAGAAGAAGAGUUGAGAAGCUGAGAAGUUACAUGAUGGGGUUUGAUUCAGAGACCUUGCAAAUAUGUGCAAAACUACGAUCUCGAGAAGCUAUUAAUCUAAUCGAAAAGCACAGUUAUGCUUUGUUUGAAGACCGUCAGAAGAGCACCCAAAAGAAUGAUGGGAACAUUAUUGUCACAUAUUCUGCAUUUAAGAGGUUGGUGCUGGAAGCUGUUGCAUUUGGUUCUUUCCUUUGGGAUGUAGAAAAGUAUGUUGACUCUAUUUACAUAUUGAAAGCGAAUUAAGAGUAGUACUUCUUGGAAAGCUCAUUAAGUUGUACAGACAGUUCCCUUCUUUCUUCUUCUUUUUUUUCCUAAAAAAGUUUAUUUUAGGUCAGAAAAACUGUUUUAGCUUGUAGUUGAUUUUUUGUACGUUAAUGCAUAAUCUUAGACACAGUUUCUCAUGGUAAAAUGGUUGUUAAAACAUAAAUUAAUUACUAAGUUCAGUG